ACGGCGACGUCACGUCCGGCCCGGGCACGGGGCCCCGCCCAGCGGUUGGCGGUUUGGGGGCUUUCGGUGUCGGGGGUGUGUCCGCCGCCCGCGCCUGCACCAUCGAAUCCGGCUGAGAUUUUCCCGAGAUUACUUCCGUUCCUCCCUGAUUGAAGAGUUUAAGGUGAUUGUGUUCCUGGUGUUGUGAGCCAGCCUUACUGGAAUGUGGCAUUGAGCAUUUUGACAUUCUCUGCCUUCUGGACUCCAGGAGAGCCCAAGCAUGGACGAGAAGGAGGCGCCAGCCUUCAGCAGCGAGAAGAAGGAAGGGGCGGAGAGGAGGACGGGCUCGAGCCGCGACAAGCUGCGGGACGAGCAGAAGGCCGGCGGCGGCGGCAGCGGCAGGAGGGAGGGCCUGAAGUCGGCCGAGGAGAAGAAGAAGAGGCAGGAGGACGAGAAGCGGAAAAAGGAAGAUGAGAAGCGCAAGAAGAAGGAGGAGGAGAAGCUGAAGGCCGAGGAAGAGCAAAGAAAGAAAGAGGAGGAAGAAAAGAAGAAAUUAGAGGAGGAGGAGAAGAAAAAACAGGAGGAGGAGGAGAAGCGGCAGAGAGAGGAAGAAGCAGCACGUCAGAGGGAGAAGGAGGAGGCGUACCAGUUGCACCAGGAGGCGUGGGAGCGGCACCAGACCCGCCUGGAGCUGCGCAGCAGGAACCAGACCAACCAGGAGAGCCGGCCGGAGGAGAGCUUCUUCACCCGCCUGGACUCCAGCCUGAAGAAGAACACGGCCUUCGUGAAGAAGCUGCGCACCUUGACGGAGCAGCAGCGGGACGCCCUGUCGGGCGACUUCAGCGUCCUCAACCUGAGCAAGUACAUCGCCGAGGCCGUGGCCUCCGUGGUGGAGGCCAAGCUCAAGCUGUCCGACGUCAACUGCGCCGUGCACCUCUGCUGCCUCUUCCACCUGCGCUACGUCGACUUCUCGCCGCUCCUGCUGCAGGGCUGGCGCAAGCACUUCGAGGCCCGGCGGGAGGAGAGGACGCCCAACAUCAGCAAGCUGCGCACCGACAUGCGCUUCAUCGCCGAGCUGACCGUCUGCGGCAUCUUCACCGACAAGGAGGGGCUGUCGCUGGUCUACGAGCAGCUGAAGAGCAUCGUCUACGCCGACCGCGACACCCACUCGCACGUCUCCGUCAUCAUCAGCUUCUGCCGCCACUGCGGCGACGACGUGGCCAGCCUGGUCACCCGCAAGAUGAAGCUGGCCUCCGACAAGUACAGCCUCAGCUUCCCGCCCAGCGACAUCAUCAGCGCGGAGAAGCAGCAGCCCUUCAUGAACCUGCUGCGGGAGUAUUUCACCUCGCUCACAAAGCACCUCAAGAAGGACCACCGCGAGCUGCAGAACCUGGAGCGCCAGAACAGGCGUAUUUUGCAUUCAAAAGGAGAGCUGAGCGAAGAUCGGCACAAGCAGUACGAGGAGUUCGCCACCUCGUACCAGAAGCUGCUGGCAAACACGCAGAGUCUGGCUGAUCUACUGGACGAGAACAUGCCUGAACUUCCCCUGGAUAAAUCUGCACAGGAAGAACACGGCACUGGUAUAGACAUCUUCACUCCCGGGAGGCCUGGAGAAUAUGACCUCGAUGGCGGGAUAUGGGAGGACGAAGAUGCACGCAACUUCUACGAGAACCUCAUUGACCUGAAAGCCUUUGUGCCUGCCAUCUUAUUCAAAGACAAUGACAAGAAUGCGCAGAAUAAAGAUGGCAACAAAGAAGAUCCAAAAGAUUCUAAGGAGGCGAAAGAUGCGAAGGAUGUGAAAGACUCUAAAGACUUGGCCGCUACGGAAGAGCUGGAGCUGGAACUGGAGAACUUGGAUAUUAAUGAUGACAUAAUAGAAGAAGAAGUAGCAGAUGAAACAGAAGAUCUUAGCCAGAAGCUUCUGGAGGAACACGAGCAAGACGAAGAGGAAACCAGCACGGGGUCUCACCUGAAGCUGAUCGUAGAUGCCUUCCUGCAGCAGCUCCCAAACUGUGUCAACCGUGACCUGAUAGACAAGGCUGCGAUGGAUUUCUGCAUGAACAUGAACACGAAGGCAAACCGGAGGAAACUGGUGCGGGCACUGUUCACUGUACCCAGACAGAGGUUGGAUCUGCUCCCGUUUUAUGCCCGUCUGGUUGGCACCCUUCACCCAUGCAUGGCCGACGUGGCAGAGGAUCUCUGUACCAUGCUAAAAGGCGACUUCAGAUUCCACAUCAGGAAGAAGGAUCAGAUCAAUAUUGAAACUAAGAACAAGACUGUGAGGUUCAUUGGGGAACUGGCAAAGUUUAAAAUGUUCUCAAAGAAUGAUACGCUUCAUUGCUUAAAGAUGCUGUUGGCUGACUUUUCUCACCACCACAUUGAGAUGGCCUGCACGCUGCUGGAAACAGCUGGUCGCUUCCUGUUCCGCUCGCCUGAAUCCCAUUUGAGGACAAGCGUUCUUUUGGAGCAAAUGAUGCGCAAGAAGCAGGCGAUGCACCUGGAUGCGCGCUACGUCACGAUGGUGGAAAACGCUUAUUACUACUGUAACCCUCCACCCGUGGAGAAAACCAUCAGGAAAAAACGGCCUCCCCUUCAGGAGUAUAUCCGUAAACUCCUCUACAAGGACCUGUCCAAGGUCACCACGGAAAAGGUGUUGAGACAGAUGAGGAAACUGGCGUGGCAUGAUGCGGAGGUGAAGGAGUACGUCAUUAACUGCAUGAUCAACAUCUGGAAUGUCAAAUACAACAGUAUUCACUGUGUUGCAAACCUGCUGGCGGGAUUGGUGCCGUACCAGGAAGACGUGGGAAUACACGUUGUUGACGGAGUGCUGGAGGAUAUCCGUCUUGGAAUGGAGGUCAACCAGCCCAAGUUCAACCAGAGGCGGAUCAGCAGCGUGAAGUUCCUCGGCGAGCUGUACAACUACAGGAUGGUGGAGUCCACCGUCAUUUUCCGCAUCCUGUAUUCCUUCAUUACGUUCGGCGUCAGUACUGACGGCAACGCCACGCCGUUGGACCCGCCCGAGCACCUCUUCCGCAUCCGGCUGGUCUGCACCUUGCUCGACACCUGCGGCCAGUACUUCGACAGAGGCUCCAGCAAGCGAAAGCUGGACUGCUUCCUCGUCUACUUCCAGCGCUACAUCUGGUGGAAGAAGAGUCUGGACGUGUGGAACAAGGAUCACCCGUUCCCUAUCGACGUGGACUACAUGAUCAGUGACAUCCUCGAGCUGUUGCGACCGAAGAUGAAGUUCUGCGCCUCCCUUGAAGAUGCGAUCAAGCAAGUGCAGGAGCUCGAACGUGAAUUCCUAAUUAAACUGGGGCUUGCUAUCGAUGGGAAAGAUUCCAAGUCGGAGAAGCUGGGAGAUGGAGAAGAGAACCAGGAUGACGAUGAGGAUGAUGAGGAGGAAGAGGGAGGAGCGGAAACCGAGGAACAGUCUGGCAACGAAAGUGAGAUGAACGAACAUGAAGAAGAGGAUGCGUCUGAGAAUGAGGUGGAAGAUGAGGAGGAGGAAGAAAACACAGACUACCUGACAGACUCCAAUAAAGAAAAUGAAACUGAUGAGGAUAACAAUGAGGUCAUGAUCAAAGGUGGAGGCCUGAAGCACCUUCCUUGUGCUGAAGAUGAAGAAUUCAUACAGGCAUUGGACAAAAUGAUGCUCGAGAAUCUGCAGCAGCGAACGGGCGAGUCGGUGAAGGUCCACCAGUUGGACGUGGCCAUUCCGUUGCAGCUGAAAAGCCAGCUGAAGAAGGGACCCCCGCCGCAGGGGGGCGGUGAAGGGGACUCUGAGAACUCGGAGACCAUGCAGUUCGUCAUGCUCACCAGGAGAGGGAACAAACAACAGUUUAAGAUACUGAAUGUGCCGAUGAAUUCGCAACUUGCUGCCAACCACUGGAAUCAGCAGCAGGCGGAGCAGGAGGAGAGGAUGCGUAUGAAGAAACUCACCCUUGACAUUAACGAGCGGCAGGAACAGGAGGACUACCAGGAGAUGUUACAGUCCUUGGCCCAGCGACCAGCUCCAGCCAACACCAAUCGAGAGCGGCGUCCUCGGUACCAGCACCCGAAAGGAGCGCCAAAUGCCGACCUUAUCUUCAAGACAGGGGGGAGGCGACGUUGAUGCUAGUGACAGGUGGCACUUUGACUUGCCCCCGCGUUUGUCUCUGAUAUCAAAGGGUAUCUGAGCCGUUCCCAGCAAGAGCAGUGGACCCACACCUCACCAAGGCUAUCUAGCGAUCAUCACAUGCCUGGUAUGAGCCAGGCCCCUCGGGGGGGCACUCAUUGCAGACUGUGUCAGCAGUGCAGAGUGGCUGGCAGUCUAAACAAACAAAAACACAAUUGAUAGCGCGUGAUCAAUUGCAAAAAACACUUCCCAAGUGUUUUAAAUCCUUCUCACAUCUUUGGCACCUUUUUUGUUUAGAAUGAGAGUGGACAUUUUUUUUGAGGUGGUCUUUGCGUCAGUCAGUAAGUAGUGAAUCAGUUAAAAAAACACAAAAGCAAAAAAAAAAACAAGCCAUUUAAUUAAGAAUGGGAUUAAUUACUCGAGUCAAAGAUGGAUGGACUUUGUUCACGGAAGCUUUUACCUUUUGUGUGAAUGUUAACACGUUUCAGUAUAAAUCGAAUAUGAACAGUGCAGAGGAAGGGGCGGAGAGGCAUUGUUUGUGCCGAAGGGAAAGAGUCAAAAAGGAUAAGCAGCAGUGAUCUUUAUUUUUCUCUGGGUGGGGUUAAGACGGCUGGUGGAUUAAAUUGGCUGGAAGUGUGAGUUUACCUGUGGAUCACUGGGUAAUGUUAAUAUGAGCCAACCACCCCUUGUGCCUCCACAACUUCUGGGCACCUCUCAACACCAUCAUUUGCGGUCCACAACCUCCCCCCCCCCCCCCCCCCAACACCCACCCCUCCUCCCCACCCCACCCCACCCCUCCCCCCCCACCCCCCAUUACGUUUGAGUUUCAAAGGUUUUUUUAUGCGAAAAAAAGAAAAGAAAUUGAAAUCCCGGCCAAGUUUUCUUUACAAUACAAAAUGUCAAGUCUAUCUUUGACGUUUGCUAUCAAACCUGAACACUUGGCAGCAACAAAUAAAACUGGUGUUAAAGGGCAAGGAAAGAACUAACUCUGUUUUUGCAUUCAGUUUUUGAAACUUUUCAAAGUAUUUGUAAACUUAUACUUUUUUUUUUUUUCCCCUCUUUUGCCAGUCUUUUGGCAAGAUGGAUGAAGUAAUCGCAGGCUUACUGAGUUUUGGAAUCUUUGCAGCAAAAUUGCCAUUUUGGUUGUUAGUUCAAGCACAGUUGUCAGCGAACCACUUGCUUAAAUGUGUUGUUGAAGGUAUGGACACGUGCAUUCAUAAAAUGUCACUUUUUAAAAACUUUUAGCGAAGAAUUCUGUCGUUUUCCGUUUGAACGCACGCCAUUGUUUCUUUCUUCUGUUUGUACAGUACUUUAUUUGCAGCAGGAAAGUGUACAUGUAUGUGUAUGUUUGGCUUGACAAAAGCUGCAUGGGUCAAAUUCAUGAGUUGCCGAAUCUUUGGCUGUUGCCAUCCUCGCAGUUUAAACAAAACAAAAAAAAGUUGACCCCAUUGAGUUUCUGCUCAGCCUCUGUGCUCCAAAUAUUUUCAAACGACGGGAAUAAAAAGGAAAAGUUUUAUCGGUGAAAUUCUGCAAGUUCCCAGUGGGAAUUUUAGUCCGAUCGGGAUUUUAUUCUGAAUCGUCAAUAAAAAGCUCUUCGUGGUA